AUGGCUACGCCGGCUCUGGCCGAAUAUGGAAGUAACCAGCUGAAGCGAGAAUUUCUUUCUGGCACCCUAGCAGGCGAUCUGGUGGCAUGCCUUGGGGUUUCCGAGGCUUGCGCUGGAAGUGAUGUGGCUGCUGUCCGAACUUGCGCACAUUGGCAUGGAAGCGAUCUAAUAAUUGAUGGCAGUAAGCAGUGGAUAACGAACGGUGCCCAGGCCGAUUGGAUUUGCCUUCUGGCGAACACUAACGAUAACCCAUCACCACACCGGAACAAAAGCCUCAUUUGCUUGCGGCUAAAUGAACCCGGAAUCCGUCGUUCGAAAUGCAUUGAGAAGCUUGGAAUGCACUGCUCUGAUACAGCGGAAAUCUACUUUGACAGUGUUCGUGUACCAAGUCGAAAUAUUAUCGGUGAAGAGGGGCGAGGAUUUGUUUAUCAGAUGCGACAGUUUCAGGAUGAACUGCUUGAACCGAUGCAAAAAAUUAUUGAUAUGACGAUUGCGUACACCUCUCAGCGACGAAUCUUUGGCAAGAGCGUACUGGACAAUCAGGUGAGCAGUUCGGAGAAUUUUUUCCAUCAUCAGUAUUCUUCCAGAAAUUUCUUGCUUAUUCAAAAAAAGGAAAUAAACAAUAUACAAGGAUUAACUGAUGUGUGUGUGUGUGUUUGGUGGAUAAUGUGA